GGUCCGAGCCCGAGUCCAGGCGGGCGGGCGUGCGUUUGUUUAUGUUUCGCUCGGGCCCGCUCAAGUGCUUCCCGCGACGCCGCCGCCAAAGUCUGUGGCGUCUUCGGCUCUUCUUCCAACACCCAGCCCUGCUGCCUCCGCGCCCCCCUGCCACCCCCUCCCAGCGGAGGUCUCGAGCCCGGGGACGGCGCGGGAAGCUCCCUAUUUCCCUCUCCGCUCGCGGGCUGAGAGGGCAAGCGUGGGUCCGAGCGCAAACGGGCCCUUGUCACUUCCAGAAAAAAGGGAAGCCGGGAAGGAGGAGGGCAAGCAGCUCGGUGGAUAUUUGCGAAGGGUCGAGCCGAGCGGCAACGGCCACUUUCGGGGUCAGGAAGCACCAAGUCUCCCGGGCCGCCAGAAAGCCCAGACCAGCACGUUCUUCACCUCCUUGCUCCCACUGCUGCCAUCUUGACAGUUUCCCCCCUUCACUCAAGUCCUUUAAAAACACUAGCGGGAGAGAAGAGGGGCGCGCACACCGAGUCACGGGGAGGGAAAAGGGAAGCGCCUGGCCCAGCUCAGAAGCAGAUCCGGAGUCGCCGGCAAGGCGGUCGACCCGCUCACAGCUCCGGCGCCUACCUCGGUUCCUUCCCCUCAGGGACGAGGGGGGAGGACGCACAAUCCCGCGCGGGCCUGGGGCACGGUGAGGAGGGGGCGCGCAACCUCGGCCGAGGAGAGGCGCUCCGGCCGCCGCCGCAGCCCGCCUGAGAAACCGCCUGUCAGCCUGCGCCCCGCCGCCUUCCACAUUCCUCCUCCUCCCUUCCCCAAGCAGAGCGGUCGAGGCAGCAACACAAAGUUAUAGACACACGCAGGGUGCCUCAACCUAGACUGACGGCGGGCGGGCGGGCGGGUCCCCGCCCAGGGGGAGGGCUGGGCUGCGGGCCGGGGUGUGCUCGCGUGCGUGCGUGCGUGUGUGUGUAUGUGUGUGUGUGUGUGCGCGCGCGCGCGCCUGCGCGACCCGGUUCCGCGGGGCUGCAGGCUUGAGUGUCAGGGCGCGCGCCGGGGCCGAGACUCGGCCGGCUCCUCCUCCCUCCUGGGAGCCUCAACGACAACAAAGCUCGGCGCUGGCUCAGGAGACGAAGGAGGGGGGCCAGCAGAGCUCCAAACGCUCAACGAGCGCAGUCGCGUGGCCUCCCAGACUCCAAGCAGGACGCCUGGCACCCUCCCCAGCGACGAAGGGUCCCCGUCGCUCCGCCAGUCUCUGGGCCCGCCCUAGUGUCUGGUUCCCCAUUAGAAGCCGACACCAGGUAACACCCGAGAUAAGACGCUGACCGCAGGCGGCAAGGGUUACCUCAGCGUGAAAAUACUGGCAAGCGAAGAUGUUGGUGUCCUCAGGACUUCGAUAAGCUGAUGCUCUCAGAUUUGAUCAGGCACCAGGAGGUUUGCAACUGAGUCUCUAACGUAGGACACUUGACUGCAGUCGUGUUUCAUUUUGCAUGAAUUUCAUGGCCAGCGAGGGGAGAAGUGUAACUAACUCGGAAUAAAAGCAAAUUAUUCCAUAUUCCUAAAUGCAAGAACAAAUUCUGAACAACUGUGAAGAGGAAAUAAUGAGUCUAAUUUUUAAAUGACGGCAAAGCAGCUAAUUGUGCUUUUUUAAACUUUUAAAAAAUACACUCCUUCGGGUUUAGAAAAACA